AUUCCGUUUGGUAAAAACGUGUCGCUCAUGGGAGCUGUGAGAAAGCCGGUUGCGGGUUAUCUUUAGCUCGCAUGUUCCAGGCAGUUCAGCAGCCCUCUACAAUGAAUUCCGUUUUAAUUAACGCGGUUUUGUCCAGCUCUCCUGACUACGACAUGUUGUUUGAGUCUCUGAGCUGGCAGAGUGACUCAUGGCCGGGGACGGAGCGAGUGGAGGCGCUGACAGCUUUCAUAGAAGGGCUCGGACCACUCCUCAUAGAAACCGACACUACUCCUUUUUCAGCUGCGAAAGUUACAUCUAUCAAGGAUCAAAUCGACUCGUUGGUUUUGACCAGGUGUUUACCUCUUCUCUGUAAAAUAUCAGCAGAAGCAGGUGAAGGUACGCGCUGCAGGGAGAGCACCGCUGCUGCCUGCCGACUCCUGAGUGUCUGUUUCCCGCUGUGCGACCGGGCGGUGCCGGGGCAGGUGGCUCUGUCUGUGCUGCAGUCGCUCCAGCCGUCAGAGGAGGAGGAUCCGGGAAGACUCAAUGUGGAGGUUGCCAGUGAAGUUAUGGCUGCUUUAAUACCUUCUCUGUCAGCAGAUGAAAAGCUCACACUCACCAUCCUGUCAUCUGCUCUGUCCUGCAUCAAAACACUCCCUGAUGCACUGGUUUCUAAAAUCACAGUCAGGCUUCUCUUAACUGUCCUGAAGUGCUGCAGCGGUGAAAGGCUAUCCAGCAUCCUUAAAGUGAUCGUGGAUGAUCUGAGCAGCUGGCACUCAUCUGACCGCACACCUGUGGUCACAGAGCGGGCACUGCUGUGUUUCACCGCCCUAUCAGACCACCUGCUGAAACCUCACAGCCUCCCUGCCUCUUGCUCCUGUGAUCCCGAUCCUCGUCUGUCCCUCCAGUUCUGGAGGAUGGUCCAGGAUGGACUGACACACAGAGAUAGCGUGUCACGUAAGAGGGCGUUGUACCUGCUAAAAAUGUGCGUGGCCCUGUCAGAGGAGAAGAGGGAGGACUGUCCUCUGUAUCCAUCAGAGGAAGAAGACAUGUUGUUCAAAUGGGCCUCUAACAGGAGCAAGUUGCUCAGAGAGUUCUGGGAGGAUUAUGCACUGGUGAUGGAGACCCUGGAGGAAAAUCAGAUUCAUGUUGUCCGGCCAGUUCUAAACAGAAUAGACACGUUGAUCCAAACAACAGUGAAUAAUAAUCAAGUUUCAGAUCAGGGCUUCUUCCACCCGUCCUGGCUGCUGUGUGUGUACCAGCGGAUGUUCCACAGCGAGAACAAAUCAUUGAUGAGAGAGGGAGUGUUUCAUCUGCUCGAGCUGCAGGUCCUCCAGCAGCCAGCCUUUGCUUUGGCCUUUUCUCAGUUCAUCGUUGGCCCUUUUAUGAAUGUUCUAUCUGAAACGUCACUCUUCCAAAGGUCACUUGGGCAAGGUGUAGGGGAUUGUCCUGAGAUCGGGGCUAAACUUCAAAUCUUCAUGGUCACCUUCUUCAGCAGCCUACCUUCAGAACAUAGAGGUCGUAUUUUUCUGCAGAUGAUUCAGCAACUUUGCACGAAGCACUGGUGUGCAGCACCCCUCCUCUUCCUCUCCCAGGCGAUAUCCAAACUGCCCCCAAGUCCAAUGCUGGCGGUCGACGGGCUCACUGCUCUCAGGGAGGUUCUGCACAGCACUAUGAUCACUCAUCAGGUUCUGCUGAGAGGUGCUGCUCAGUGCUUCCUGCUGAAUAGCGCCCUCUGUCUCACAGAAGUGAGCGCAGUGACCCUCGAUGAUGUUUUUAGUUUCCUGACACAUUUUCGUGCCGACGAGUCGCUGUGUAGAGGGACUCAAAUGUGGAAUCAGACAUGCACCUGGCUGUUGGACAAUGAAUGCAGUUUCAAGCCCAGGCUUAUGGGUGGAGAUUGCACUGGUGCUGCUACAAAGAAAGAAACUGUACGAGACUACGUUCAAAGCGAGAUGCACACCUAUCUCCGCGUACCAGCUAGCACAGGUCACACUGAGAGGUUACCAGACUUCAGAGAGGCUGAUAAGUUGGCCAGGGCCAUUUUGCUGUGCGUAGACUUGGAGAGAAAUCAACUUGGAGCAGAGUUCGGUAACACUCUGGAGUCAUUACUGUCUCCGCUGCUCGACACCCUGAGCAGAGUCAGCACCAAUAUGUACCUGCCUCUGCGUAAGAGCGACAAGAGUCUGCAGCUCCUGCUCAGACUGUUCCAGCUGGGAGGAACACCGAGCUGUCAGGAAGCUGGAGAGGAGCAAGUGGAUAACGUAAUGCUUGCCAUGGAGAGGCUCAUUUUUAAACUUGUUGACCCAAUCCAGGAGUUUAUCCUGAGGAGGCUGCUGGGGGAGCUGCAAGAGCUGGUUGACGUGGAGCGGGCAGAGUUGUAUCUGUGUGUCCUGAGGCAGCUGGUGGUCAUGUACAAGUCUACACCACAGCACCACAGUAACAUUCAGCAGAACUAUUUCCCUAAACUCAUCAACAACAGCCUCAAGGUCCUGCAAGAGCCACACCAGCAGAUCAAUUCUGUGGCCAACCAGGUGGGACGAGCAGUUGCUAUGGCAUCUCUGGCUACAGUGUGUGGUCUCGGGGAGCAGGAAGUGAUCGACAUGCAAUCAGAGACCAUUUCUGCACUGAAAUCACUGAACGACUACUUCUAUAGUCCAGUGUCCACUUCCUGCCAACGCCAGUCCUCGCUGGGAAACUUCAAUCAAUGGCUGCAAAAACCACAGACAGGAGACGGCUCGAGUGAUGGAGCGUUGCAGGGUCGUCUGCUGCAGGACUGGGGACGCAUUGCUGCCAGUUUUUUGCGGGACCAGUGGAUUUGUCUGAGCUUCCUGAUUAAGGCUGUUGGGAUUCCUGAGUCCAUAGAAGUUUCCAGAGCGUCCGAGACACUCCAGGCUGCUCUGGGCUGCAGCGUGGAGGCCCUGGCUCUGCUGCCCAGUGACCUGGUGCUGCCUGCGCUCACCUUUAUGGAGACUGUGCUGCCACAAUUACUGCUAGAUGAGGAGGCCCAGUGUGUAGAGGCUGUGAAUCUGAGCUGGGAUCUGGUUCAGGGCCUGAGCACUAACGCCCAUGACUUCUGGCCGGCCCUGAAAGGCUUCGUCUCCAUGGCCUUCCACCAUAAACUGCUCGAGCUGACACACACUUCUGCUCCGACUCUCCUGUGCACCUUGAAACAGAUAGCCAGUGAGCUGAUGGAGCUGUCCCAGUCAAAGAGCGGAGUGUUCGGUGUGCUGAUUCAGCACUGCUGUCACACGUGGCUGCCCACAGGCGGAGGCAGCAGCCACACCGGGUUUUCUUCUGUGUUCAGCCACAUCAAUAUAAUCAGUGAGGCUUGUGUCUACGGACCAGUUUUCAGGAGAGAUCAACGUCUCAUCCAGGAUGUGCAAACGUAUGUGGAGCAACUCGGUGAAGAGUGUUCUGCCAAUGUUGCCGUUACAAGUGAUAACAGAGAUGAUCAGUUGCCCCGCACAUGUGUACUGGCUUUCCUCAGCCGCCUGGAUUCCUCUAAUCAGCAACACGAAAGACUGAUGGAGGAACUAGUUAUGGAUUUGUUAAAAAGGGAUAAUGACAUAUCAAAGUCAAAAGUACGUUACUAUAGCAACUCCCUGCAACAUCGUGUUAAAAACCGAGCAUGGCAAACAAUGCUGCUGUUGCUGCCCAAACUCAGAGAGGAGUUUGUUGCCACUUUGCUGCACCAUGUGUUUGAAGCUGGAUUCUGCAGUAACCAUGCCUCUGUCAAGUACCUGAUCGAGUGGAUGAUGAUUUUGAUCCUCGUCCGCUAUCCACAACACAUGGAUAGCUUUUGGGUCUGCUUCAACAGGGAUCACGAAAAGACCAAGACAAGCAUCUGCACCUUCCUGUCAGUCCUGGUACAUUUAAAUGUCAUCAUUCCCACUCUUGAGGAUGAGGAUACACAUUUGCGUAAAGCGCUGGACAUCAUCCUGCAGUGGUGUUUCAACCAUAACUUCAGCGUGCGCCUGUAUGCAUUACUGGCCCUGAAGAGGGUGUGGAGCCUGGUGGGGGUCCGGGCAGAGGCAGUUUGGGGAGCGCUGUCCACUGUGAUCAAGGCCUGUCUGAACCAGGCUGAGGCCAUGCAGAGCACUGGGAAUGCCAACAAGAAUUGGACGAGGAUUCAGGAGCACUUCUUCUUCGGUGCCUUUCACCCUAUCAGGGAUUACAGUGUGGAGACAAUAUUCCUCACAUUCCCCAGUCUGUCGGAGUUGGCUGAUGAUGAGUGGAUUCCCCUCUGGAAAUUUGAGAAGCUCUCAUGUUUUAAUGAAAGUCCAUCUUCUCUUUUGAGAAAUCCUGCUCCUGACCUGAGCCAGCUCCAGCCUGGAGACUGGAUCCAGCAAGACAAAGGCGAGGAGAAUAAGGAGGAGCGCUGGGCCGAGGUGCAGAAGAAGAUCACUCCCUGGAGGCUGGGGAUCCAAGAGCAGGAGCCUGAACUCCAGCUGGUUCCCCAGCAGAGGGCUGCUCGAGUGGGCAAACAGCAUGGCGCCCUGCUGGUGGUAGCCUCACUUAUCGACAAGCCCACCAAUUUAGGAGGUCUUUGCAGGACCUGUGAGAUCUUCGGUGCGAGCACUCUGGUUCUGGAUAACCUCCGCCACGUCAGUGACAAGAACUUUCAGGCCCUGAGCGUCUCCUCUGAGCUGUGGCUUCCACUGUUAGAGGUAAAGCCACUGGAGCUCACUGACUUCCUGCAGGUGAAGAAGAGUGAGGGGUACUGUAUUGUCGGAGUGGAGCAGACGGCCAACAGCCAGAGCCUCCAGGACUACCAGUUCCCUGAGAAGACUCUGCUACUCCUGGGCAAUGAACGAGAAGGUAUCCCGGCCAAUUUACUCCAAAUGUUUGAUGUGUGUGUGGAGAUCCCUCAACAAGGGGUCACCCGUUCCCUCAAUGUGCAUGUGAGCGCUGCCCUGCUCAUCUGGGAGUAUACACGGCAACAUCUCACCUCAGCUGAAGUCGACUCGAAACCAGAAAAUUAAGAAGAAUUCAGCACUGCAGACAUAUGAACUUGACAUGUGACUACUACACACUGCCAUUACCUGCUGCUCUCUGGUAACAAGGGCGUAAAUCAUCUUCAGAAACAUGAAGAUGCCAGGAUUAGAGGAUUCUUAUUUUCUGUCUGAAUAAGACUCUAUCUUUUGAGAAGUGAAUGUGGUCAGCAAUCAUCAGAGCUGGUCUUGUUCCUUAAUGAGAGUCAGGAAUACAUUUUAAACUGUGGUUAUUACAUCUAAAUAUUCCACUGGGUAUGCUGUGGAAUAUUUUUUUAUAUUAAAAGAGGCAGAAUAGAAACAAUCUGGCACCAGAAGUGGAAUAUAAUGUCCAUCCCAGGACACUACCAUACAUGAUGUAUAUAUGCUGCUUAUGUGAAUUGCCGUUUUUAAUUUAAAAUAACUGUUUUUGUACAGUUUAAUAAAUCCAACUUUGAUAUUUUAA